CAGGAAGCGCCGGAAAGGCCCUUCUGCUGGUGGCAGCUCAGACGGCGACGACGACAUGGGCGUCGGCGCCCCUGGCGUCGAUGUACCUACAGACCCCAGCCAGGCAGCAGCUGCAGCGGCCAUGGCUGCUGCCGUGGCGGCGGCGGCAGCGGCUGCUGGCGGCGGCGGCAUGCAGGGCUUCACGCAGGCGCAGCUCAUGGCGGCGGCCGCGGCGGCGGCGGCGCUGCCGCAGCUUGCAGCAGCAACAGGCGGCCACUUAGGCUUGGCACCUCCAGCGGCCAACCCGCCCGCUGCACCGGCAUUCGGCUCCUUCACGGCGCUGCUAUCAGGCGCAUCCGACGGCGGGGCCCCGGCGGCGCCGCCGGCGCUGGCUGGUCCCGCUAGCAGCCUCGCUGCGGCGCUGCAGGCGGGCGCUCCCUUGGGUCCUCUGACGGCGGCGCUGGCGCCAGCGCUUCAGCCCGCCUUGCAACCCCAGCCAACGCUACCACCGCCGGCGCAGCAGCAGGUGCCGCCGGCGCCGCUCAUGGCGUUGCCGCCGCCUGCCUCAAUGGCGAAUGCUCAGACGGAGUAUGCACGCAACCGGCCACGACGUGAGAACGCGGGGCAGCGGGCGCACAUGGGCGUGACGAGUGAGAGCCUGCAGCUGGUGAAGCCGCAGGAGUUUGGUGCUGGCAAGACGCAGCCGUACUCUGUGGACGUGUCCAGCUGGGCGCUCAUGGCCAUGGACUUCCAUGCGCACCUGAGCACCUUUGAGGUGAUUGGCUUGCUGGGCGGCACCUGGAACCCGGAGACGCGGCAGCUGGUGGUGAUCGAGGCGUACGCGUGCCGGCGGGCGGCGGGCAGCGACGGCGCCACCUCGGUGGAGCUGGACCCCGCGGCGCAGGUGGAGGUGCAGCAGGAGAUGGAGAAGAAGGGACAGACGUGUGUGGGGUGGUAUCACUCCCACCCUGUCUUCGAGCCCAGCCCCAGCCAGAAGGACAUGGACAACCAACGCAACUACCAAGCGCUGUUUAGAUGCGAGCAGACCCGAUUGGAGCCCUUCCUGGGCUUCAUCGUGGGGCCAUACGACAUCGCCAUGCCGCAGCCCACCUCCGUCAUCACCACCUUCACCGUGCAGACGUUCAAGGGCAGCAUGAUCCCCUACUCGGUGCGCUGCCAGGUGCACGGCUACGAGGUGAUCCCCGACGCGGCUCUGCUGGGCAAGCUGGCGGGCAUGCUGGACGCCUUCCGAGACGACCCGGGGCGGGUGGACUUUGGGGAGCUGUGGCGGGGGUACGGAUACGUGCUGCCCGACGGCUGCUCAGUGGACCAGCGGCCGCUCACUCGGCUGGCCAAGUUCCGCAUCUCGCUCGCCAAUUACAUGCGCGAGGCCAACCCCGCAGCGGUGCGGGAGGUGCUGGACUUGCUGUGUGGGGAGCUGCAGAGCCGCUGGGGUGUCAACCUGGCGGCGGCUCUGGCUGCAGCGGACGCAGGUACGGCAGCAGCACCAGCAGCCUUGGGGGCGCCGCCUCCGCAGGCUCAGCCAGCCUCGGCGGGAGGCCAGGCGGGUGAGUCCAUGCUGGGGCUGCUACUAGCGGACGGAGAUGAAGGGGCGGCGGCGGCGGCGCAGCAACAGCAGCAACAACAACAGGCGGGGGCUGUGGCUGAUGCCGCUGGCUGCCUGGCGCCCAUGGGCCCGCCUCUGCAUGGCGUCACGGUUGCCCCGGUGGCCCAUGGGGAGCCCGGCUUGGGUCUGGUGGGGGCUGCUCCGGUGGCUGCGGGCGGGAUGCUGCAGGCGCUGCUGGAGGAUGAUGACGCACCGCCGCCAGCGGCGGGGCCGUCGGGGCUGCCGCUGGAUGCGAGCGGCGCCGCCGCGGUGCCGCAGCUGCCGGCGGCGGCGUUGGAGCCGAUGUCAGUGGCGGGUCUGGGUCCUGGAUCAGCAGGGUUGUUGGCGCAGAUGGCGGAGGCGGUGCAGGGCGGUGGCUUGGGUGCGGGGGGAGCGCUGGUCAAGCAGGAGCAGGGGCAAGCAGCGGUGCCGGGACUGUACGGAGGGGCAUUAGGGGUCUAUGACCAAGCAGCAGG